ACUUGUGUUCAAGAAUUUAUCGUCGUAAACAACAUUUUUUUUUCCAAUAUACACACCACCAUUUCCGUGAAACUGUUAACUUCGGAAAUCAAGCGGAAUCGCACGUUAAAAUAAAGCUUUCAGUGCUUAAUUUCACAUUCUCGAUUAUGCGGUGACGUCAUCGUAAAUCGUUCUUGAAAGAACGCUAAAACCAGGACAAAAAUGGCGGAUCUCUACGCAACUUAUAAAUGCACUUAUUGUCAAGAAGACAUCUCAGGAUUGCGGAUCAAAUGUGCAGAAUGCACUGAUUUCGACCUAUGUUUGCAGUGCUUUUCAUCGGGCUCGGAAAUCGGUCCCCACAAAAAUGAUCACGCUUAUCAAUUUAUGGACUCGGGGACAGUUAGUUUAUUCAAUGGCCGAGGUAACUGGACAGCGAGGGAAGAAUUACGAUUAUUGGACGCGAUCGAGCAAUUUGGUUUCGGAAAUUGGGAAGAUAUCAGUAAACAUAUCGAAACACGUACUCCGGAAGAGGCGAAAGAAGAAUACAUAGCCAGGUAUUUAGACGGAAACAUAGGAAAGCACACAUGGCCUUCAACGGAGAUUUAUAAACCAAAUCUAACCGAUCAAACAAAUUCUGACCACGGGCCUUUAUCACCUGACGUCACUUCACGUCUGCCUCCAUUAGACAUAACAAAAGAGGAAGCCGCACAACUUGGUUACAUGCCACAACGAGAUGAUUUCGAAUGGGACUACAAUCACGAAGCUGAAUCUCUCGUUUCAUCAUUGUUUUUAAAUCCAACUGAGGAUGACGAUCUUGACAUUGCCCUAAAGCUCGCACAAGUCGAUAUGUAUACAAAUAAUCUCAGGGAAAGAGCGAGAAGAAAACGUGUCGUUCGUGAUUAUCAAUUAGUUUCAGCGUUUUUUUCUUCCUCGCGAAAAGAACGUGGUGUCAAGAGGAAACGAACAAAGGAGGAUAAAGACUUUAGAGAGCGAAUGAGGGUGUUUGCGCAAUUUUACACUGCCCAGGAAUACGAGCAAUUUCUUGCGAAUCUUGAACGUGAACGUGAAUUACGCUUAAGACUCUCGGAAUUGCAUCGUUAUAGAGAGAAUGGCGUUACAAAACAUGAGGAAUGCGCACAUUUUGAGCAAGUUAUCUUGCAAUCACAGGGACAAACUGACGUUGAUCAUUGGUCAGAUAAAAAAUCUGGCAGCAGUGGGCCGUCCACAACAAUUCACCGUCAAACCUCAAGAAAAAGAGAAGAAGAAAAAAGCUCCUCUUUCAUCGACCGAAAGUCCAUGUCAAGAGAAUCAGCCAGCACCAGCUCAUUAAUCAGUCACAAUCGGACGACGACUCCAGCCAAUCAGUGGGUGGAGCAGGAUAACAAUCGGUCAUAUUCCGCUUUAAAUUACGAUGCAGAGAGGGACUUUAUGAAUUCGGGCAAAAAUGAGGAUUCAGAGGAGCGCGAUGUCGAGGCAGAGGCUGCCUCUCAUCUACUCACUAAACAAGAGAAAACACUUUGUCUUCAACUCGAUUUAAAACCAACACAGUAUUUGACGCAGAAAACAAUUUUACUUCAGGAAUAUUUGACUGGCAAUAGAAAAUCGAAUAUUGUCCCGCAAUCGGAACCCGAGAGCAAAAUCCUCCAUUAUUUGGUUGCCAACGGCUGGAUCGCUGCCAACUGAUUGCUUGAAUUCGUUUUAAGUUUGCCUCUAAGUCAACCUCUGUGUAUCGACAGCUAAGUCUUUAUUAUCUUUAAGAAGAAAAAAUUGAAACACAAAAAAAAAUAUUAUAUCUCUAAAAUUUUAAUAUCUCUGAAUUAUGGAGCAGUCGAAAAAAAAAUCUAGAUUUUUAUUGAUAAUUUUACCAAAGAGAAAUACACAAGAAGAAAGAUUAGAAGAAUAAAAAAAGAACAUUCACUGAAACUAUUUUCAAUUAAAAUUUCCAAAAAAAAGUUUCUCUAAUUCCAAAACAUGAAUUUAGAAUAAAAAUUAAUUGAAAAAUAAACUUAAUGAUAAUU